AUGGCACCGACGCAGUGGGACAGGGCCGGCUGUGAGAACACCUGCAGGGAGCGUGGCCGGCGGGAGCGCGAGGCCAGGCAGCGUUUGGCCGCCCUGGCGCGCGAGGGCUUCGCCCUCCGGCAGAGGCUGAUCCAGGAAGCGGCCGAGGGGAGACGGGACAAGCAGGCCCGGCUGGGGGGGCUGCAGGAAUCCCGUCAGGAGCUGGAGCAGCGCGUGGGGUCCCUCCGGGCGGCCAAGGAGGCGGCGGAAGGGCCCGAACGGGCGGCCAAGGCCGAGCACCGCAGGAAAUGGGGA